GCCGGAGAGUUGUUUUUACUUUGAGCUGUGAAUGUUACAUUUAAAGAACUGUGAAUGUUACAUUUAAAGAACUGUGAAUGUUACAUUUAAAGAACUGUGAAUGUUACAUUUAAAGAACUGCAGCCGUUUGUUGACCUGGACGGAGCUCCUGUUAGAGAUCAAAUGGAGAACAUUUCGACCCCUUUCCCUCUGGAUAACUCCUCCCUCUCUUCCUCUUUUCUCUCCCUUUGUCCCACUUUCACCACCCUCUUCUUCCUCCCCUCUGCCUACACCCUCCUCUUCCUCACCGCUCUCCCAGGAAACAUCCUCUCUUUGUGGGUGUUUCUCCGCUGCAUCUCCACUGUCUCCCCCAUCCACGUCUACCUGUCUCACCUGAGCAUCUCCAACCUGAUUCUGUCUCUCACCACUCCCUUCCUGGCCGCUUACUACGCGUGGGGCUCUGAUUGGACGCUGAGCAGCACUCUGUGUCAGCUGGUUCUUCACGGCAUCACCCCGGUGCUGCACAUCAACAUCUACAUCAGCAUCAUGAUCCUCACCUGGCUGGCGCUGAGCCGCUUCGCCUCCCUCAUACAGCACACCCACGCCUCCAGACCCAAUCGGUGCAUCGCCUUUCUUCCUCACGGUUUCUUCUCCCGCCUCAAGAGAACGUCCUUCGCCAACAGAGUUUGCAUCGUCGUGUGGUCGGUGGCUAUCGGAGGCGUGGUACCCGUCACCGUUAUUUACUCCGUGAAGGAAACGGUGAGCGUGAAAAAAGCUGUUGUUGGAUGUACGGAGGUUUGCUACAGCCCAACGGUGGAGAUCGGAGGAAGACUUUCUGCUGGUUUGGCCGUGAUCGUGAUUGCUCUGUUCUUCCUCUUCUACCUGCUGGUUCUGAUGUCUUAUAUGAUGGUUCUGAGGCAUAUUGGGCGAUCACGGAAAAGCACGAACGUCACUACGUCUCAAAGUCUGCUGGGGAGGGUGCUACGAAACAUCGUGGUCAUACAGGUUGUUCUCUCGGUUUGCCUGCUGCCGUAUCACAUCUACAAACCCAUCUUCAUCUCUCUGGCUAACGACCAACGACAGCUGAGAUAUUUACCGGGACCAAACAUCUGUAAACAGUGCCAUCCAUUCUCCAUCUUAGUCGAGCUGAAGAACUGUUUGCUGCUUUUGGCCGCUUUGAGAGGAUCCACGGACCCUAUAAUGUACUUCCUGUUGGACAAGACCUUCCGUCAUCAAACCCUGAAACUCUUAAGGUGCAACCAGAACAAAACUGGAAGCACUAAAUCCUCCUCGGUCACAGGAAGCAACACCACCAAGGCUGUCCCGCUGGAGGAAGGGAACGUGGCCACAGUUACGGGCCGUCGCCACAGCAGCGUUAAAAAAAUCUUGGAGGUGGGCGUAUCUGAAGCUUGAGGAUUUUUUGCGAGCAACC